CUGGCGGGGCCGGUGGCGGGCGAGGAUAACGGAGUGUCCCACUGCUGCGCUCUUCGCUUUCGGUUUGCGCUCCCCGGGCGGUGGGUGUGGAUGCGUGUUCUCCGCCUUCACCUGCCGCCAUGGGACGAGUGACUGGGAUACAGCAUCCCGGUUCUCGGCCGCUCUUGGAGGGUGCCAGUGCAGCGCCGUUCUAACAGAAAAAUUGCAAGACCUAGUACAAGGAACAUCCAGAUUCACCAGUUGUUGGUGUAUGCACUUGUUCAAACUUACUGAGCUGACUACUUAAGAUCUGGGCAUUUUACGCAGGUUUUCUAACUUAUAAAAGACCAUGACUACUGAUGAAGGUGCCAAGAACAAUGGAGAAAACCCAGCAGCAGCUGUGGCUGAACGUGGAGAGGAUAUCACCUCUAAAAAAGAUAGAGGAGUAUUAAAGAUUGUCAAAAGAGUGGGGAAUAGUGAGGAAACACCAAUGAUUGGAGACAAAGUUUAUGUCCAUUACAAAGGGAAAUUGUCAAAUGGAAAGAAGUUUGAUUCCAGUCAUGAUAGAAAUGAGCCAUUUGUCUUUAGUCUUGGCAAAGGCCAAGUCAUCAAGGCAUGGGACAUUGGGGUGGCUACCAUGAAGAAAGGAGAGAUCUGCCAUUUACUCUGCAAACCAGAAUAUGCAUAUGGCUCAGCAGGCAGUCUCCCCAAAAUUCCCUCAAAUGCAACUCUCUUUUUUGAAAUUGAGCUGCUUGAUUUCAAAGGAGAGGAUUUAUUUGAAGAUGGAGGCAUUAUCCGAAGAAUCAAACAGAAAGGAGAAGGAUAUUCAAACCCAAACGAAGGAGCAACAGUUGAAAUCCACCUGGAAGGCCGCUAUGAUGGAAGGAUGUUUGAUUGCAGAGAUGUGGUAUUCAUUGUUGGGGAAGGAGAAGACCAUGACAUUCCAAUUGGAAUUGACAAAGCCCUGGAGAAAAUGCAACGGGAAGAACAAUGUAUUUUAUAUCUUGGACCACGAUAUGGUUUUGGAGAGGCAGGGAAGCCUAAAUUUGGCAUUGAACCUAAUGCUGAGCUUAUAUAUGAAGUGACACUUAAGAGCUUCGAAAAGGCCAAAGAAUCCUGGGAGAUGGACACCAAAGAAAAAUUGGAGCAGGCUGCCAUUGUUAAAGAGAAGGGAACUGUGUACUUCAAGGGAGGCAAGUACAUGCAGGCAGUGAUUCAAUAUGGGAAGAUCGUAUCCUGGUUAGAGAUGGAAUAUGGCUUAUCAGAAAAGGAGUCUAAAGCUUCUGAGUCGUUUCUGCUUGCUGCCUUCCUGAACCUGGCCAUGUGUUACCUGAAGCUUAGAGAAUACACCAAAGCUGUGGAAUGCUGUGAUAAGGCCCUUGGACUAGACAGUGCCAACGAGAAGGGCUUGUACAGGAGGGGGGAAGCCCAGCUGCUCAUGAACGAGUUUGAGUCGGCCAAGGGCGACUUUGAGAAAGUGCUGGAAGUUAAUCCCCAGAAUAAGGCUGCACGACUGCAGAUCUCCAUGUGCCAGAAGAAGGCUAAGGAGCACAACGAGCGGGAUCGCAGGAUAUACGCCAACAUGUUCAAGAAGUUUGCAGAGCAGGAUGCAAAGGAAGAGGCCAGUAAAGCCAUGGGCAAGAAGACUUUAGAAGGGGUCACCAAUGAAAAAGAAACAGAAGGUCAAGCGAUGGAAGAAAAAGCUGGAGGCCACGUAUGACCCCACGCAAAGGAGGGAAGAGCCCUGAUGAACUUGGCCCCUCCUUCACGGGCUUUCACCCAACUCAGGACUAACCAGUGUUUAAUGUCAAGUUUGCUAGAGUCUGUGUGAGUCUGGAAGCAAAUGGCAAAACCAGUAGCUUCCCAGAAAACAGCCACCCUGCUGCUGCCCAGCGCUCUCCUUGAGGGGGUGGCGUGGGACCCCUCCAGGUGGGACAAAACGGAAAUGACUGUUGGCGUGGCAAGCCUGAGCCAACAGCUAAGGCCAGCUCAUUGCAGUUUCUGUCAACUUUUAGUAUCUAAUUCAGGGUCCCUUGAGAUAAUCCUGAUAAUUUGGGGCUGUCUGUUAGGUUUUACAUCUGAUUGAACUUCAGUAGCACCGCAGAAACCUAAAAAUAAAUGCCUAAUGACUUUCUCCUUUCCUACAGUUGGGUGGGGAGAGGAGGAGGAGAUUUUGUAUUUUAAAUGACUGAAGUGCUAGCGUUUUUACCCAACAGAACCCAUGGGGAGAGGGGUCUCGAAGCCCCUCAGGCCCUCAGCAGCCCAGACUCGGAAGCCAGAACCUCAGAGGUCACUUGCUUGCUGACUUAGCCACGCGCCCCCCCAAGCCAGCCUGCUUGGGAGAACGGGUCUCUCCUGCACCCAGCCUGGCCCUGGAGGAGGGAGUCUGUCCUUCCCAAAACGCUCUUCAGCAAUGAUAAUGAGCAGAGGGAGUUUCUAGAUUAGCCUUCCCCUGCUUUUGAUGAAGUUCUGAGAUGCUGAAAUGUGAAAAAAGCGAUCAGAAUUGUGCCCUUCCCCUGCUCUGUCCCUUGUAGGAAGUAAUGUUGAGUACAGUAGUGCCUGCUAGCCUUCCUUCUGUUCCGUUUCUUAUUUCCAUUCUAACCCUUGCUAUUAAGAAUUUAAGACUGGUUCUUAUAAUAUCGCUGACCUGGAGUGGAUUCAUUUACAUAUCCAUUUAGGAUCCACACAGGGUUGUUUUUUUUUUUUUUUUUUUUUGUCUUUUAAAAAUUACUGGCUCAUAAACAUGUAUACUGGUUUAUGAAACUUUAUUUACACUCCUCUAUCAUGCAAAAAAAAAUUUGACUUUUUACUACUAAGUAGCUUGAUUUUUAAAAACAGUAUCUGUAGAGUUGAAAAAAUAAGGUGGUGUUCUUGUACACGAAGGGUGUCCUCCCAGGUUUGGCACACAGUAGCUUUCUUCUCCUGCCGAUGGCUUCUUCGUUCUGGUGUGAGCUGUGAAAAAGAAUUGAAAACCGCUUCCUGUGCAGGCACAUCUCGCCUAAAAGCUCCAGUCCCGGGGCAUUGAAUCAGGGCAAGUCUUAAAAUACAUACACGUAGCGGAAUCUUGGUCCUUACGGGUAAGCGAGACUGCGCGUGGCUUUCUCUCCCCACGGCCUGAGAAGCACUUGUGGGCACGUGUUUGCAACCGAAGGAAACAGUAGCUCCAGCCUGGAACAUCUCACUUUGUAAAAUCCUAAAGAACACUGGCAGUUACUAGUUUUUUACUUUUACGGUGGUUUUAGCAAAACAUUUUCAUUGUUAGGUUAGGACCCACAUCAAAACCUAAAAAUAAAAUCCUUUCCAUUUAUACCAGUUUUCUUCUCUGUGAAACAAAUGGAAUUAAAUUGUUUCUCCUCUGACAACUAGAAUCCUUUUCUCAUUUUUGUCUUUUUUCGUGAGAUUUCUUUAAAAAGCCCCAAUCUCACCUAGGAAACAUGAAAAGCAGAAGUUGAUUUUGCUUUGUUUGCUUGACUCUUUAGUAUUUGUAGCUCUGUUGACUAGAGCAUGACUCCAAUGAGGCCAAUACUGAGAUUUGAUCCUAAAAAGGCCAGUUAGCUUUUUGCUGGUAACAAAAAAAAAAUUCCAAACCUUAGAUUAUCCCAGCCAGUCGUGUCCCAGGUGUGUGUUGUGGGUUCCCCGGGCAGGCGGGGCGGGGGGAGCGGACAAGAGCGCGCGGGGGGCGGGGGGAGGCCUGGGGUGUGCGGGUGGUUCUGAGCACACCGUGGUGAGGUGCCCGUCACCACUCGAGGAGAAGAAACUUCAUGUAGUCUCGUGUCAAAUUCAGUAAUCUUAAUUUGUCUAGAAACCAGCAGAGGUCUUUGAACCACCUUUCAGACUGCAUUUGGAGUGCUGAGGCAGCAUAUGAUGAAUUAAAAACUUGGUUUUAAAAAAAAAAGUCAUUCAGAUGCACUUUUUUGUGUUCCUUAAAUAAACAACCAAAUGUGA